AUGAGGUCUGUACCCGUCACAUGUACUAAGACACCAAUGACACUAGGUAGUAAUAAAGAAGAAAAGGAAGACAUAUUAAAGGACUACCUUUCCUCACCUUUCAAUCCAGGCUCUAGUCCACAAGUGGUACAGAUAAAAUCCUCAAAUUUUGAAAAUUUCAUAGACGUGCAAAAGAAGAAUGACAGCACAUCAGCAACUCAUUACCAGCCAUUACAUUCCAAUGUAAAAUGGAGCGAAGAUCAAAUGGCUGUUAUUAAUCAAAUUUCCCAUCAGAUUCAUGAGAUUAAAUCCAUGACACCACAAAUUUCAAAAACAAUGAUUGUGCAGGGGAGAGCAGGAACAGGAAAAAGUAUGAUCAUCAAAUGUUUAACCAGUUUAUCACAUGAGCAUCUUGGCAGCAACUCUUACAUUCUUGCAGCGUCAACUGGUGUAUCAGCUGUUCUAAUAGAUGGAAAAACAAUGCAUUCUGUAUUCCAACUGCCAACAAAAAGUCAAGAUUACAGUCCUCUCACAGGAGACAGAGCAAAAACCCUAUCAGACACAUUGGAAAACGUGAAGUUUGUCAUACUUGAUGAAUACUCCAUGAUAGGAUGGAAGACUCUUGCGAUGAUCAGUAGAAGAUGCAAAGAAGCAACAAGAAUUACUGAUGAAGACUUUGGAGGUUUAAAUGUUGUACUACUAGGCGAUAUCAAUCAGUUGCCACCUGUAAAAGACAAUCCAUUAUAUGCCAGAAUGUGUAGAACAAAUUUAGCAUUGGAGGGAAAAUCAAUUAUUAAAAAUUUUCACAAAAAAUUUCUACUUACAUCAUGCCAUCGACAUAAUGAUGAACGUUUCUUGAAAAUGCUGAACAACCUUAGUGAAUAUAAUGUCACCAAUGAUGACUUUCACUUAAUACGUUCACGUUUCAGUACAGCAGUUUCCACUCAAGAUCAGGAGCAAUUCACCAUCCCCAACGCCCUUCAUCUUUUUUCAAGCAAAGAAGAUGUGAAAACUUAUAAUAUGAAAAAACUACCCCAAUUGAUUGAUGAAGAAACUGGCGAUUAUGCACCUAUUAUAAAAAUAACGGCAAAAGACAACUGUUCAAAUGCACAACAGAUACAAGAAGCUGAAGGAUUACAAAGAGAUUUAUACGUGGCUAAAAAUUGUAACAUUACGUUAAAAACCAAUCUAUGGGUUGAUAAAAAAUUGGUGAAUGGAACUCAGGGAAAAAUUAUUGACAUACUGUACAACAGAGAAGAUUUCCCUGCUGUAAUUCUAUGUGAAUUUCCAAAUUACACAGGACCAUCAAUCAUACCUACCAAAAUUGUGCCAAUAAAACCAAUGCUGAAUUCAUGGACAGAUUCAAAUGAGAAAAAAUGCACUAGAUAUCAAUUUCCGUUAUGUUUGUGCUAUGCAUGCACAAUUCACAAAUCCCAAGGAAUAACAAUUGAUAAGGCUGUGAUUGACGUAGGUGAAAAGGAUUUUGCACUAGGCCUAACGUAUGUAGCAUUUUCUAGAGUAAGAAAUUUUACUGACCUCAUUAUUUAUCCAUUUUUACCAAAAAGAUUGUUGAAACAAAGUCAUUCAAUAAAUGAAACUUUGUUCUACUAUGAUGAUAUAUUCAAAGAUAGGCCAUAUAAAGUGCAGUCACAGGGCCACUUAGAAUGCUACCGAUCCAUCGCCGCCUAA